UUUUUGUCUUCUUGCCUUUUUCUUGAGCCACCCCUGCGGCAUAUGUACCAUAGCCCAGCACGUGUGGGCGUGGGCAGAAUACCGAGGCUGAAACGGGUGGCUGUGGGCACUCCGGGGUGAAGAUCCGGGCUGCACCUUGUGCUUUGUGGGGCCACCUGGAGCUGCCUGAGGCGUGGCACUACUCCCGCUAAGGGGAGAGGGCUGGUUUGGCACAAAGCACUAGCUUGGAUGUGCUCAGUCCUUCAUUGAGGGCAGAGCUGACAGCCUAAAGGGAGCCUCAGGAAUGCAGCAAAGCUAACAGCUGGGAGGACAGUAACCACCCCCAGGCCCUCCCGCCCCCCCUUUAAGCCCCAUCUCUUACAGGUCUUGACUGUGGCAUCUCUCUACCCUCCAGGCUGGGCAUGAGCUGAGCCUGGGUGCUAACUUACAGAUUUUGAAUAAUUCAGGCCCCAGUGCCCUGAGGUGUCAGUUUCCCUUGCUCUGUUCCCAUGGACACAGGGGUCCCAGCUCUGUGACCGGCUAAUGAAAGGGGAAUGGGGCGGGGCCUGCUUCCCGUGCCUCUUGCCUCAGAGGGCCCAGGGCUGUCCUGCUGAGACUCCUCCAGGCUCGGCCAGAGUCAGGUGUGGGGGAUGCAGGGAGGAAGUCAGGGGAGAGAGGGAGGAGAAAGGAAGAGAGAGUGGACAGAGAAAGACCAGAGUCAGAGAGGCAGAGGUCAAGGAUUCCGAGGGGCAGCCAGAAGGAAAUAGAGGCUGAGGGAAGGGUGAAGGGGGCGGGGGACAGGCCGAGGCCAGAGGAGCCAAAGACCAGCAGAGACGGGGCACCAGUAGAUGCCAAGGUCCAGGUACUAACAUCCAGGGCAGGUUCGAGCCGGAGGACCAGCUACAUGGAAGGACUGCAUGGCUCCUUGAAGGCUCCUUGAACUCAGUAGAGAUCUGUCUUCCUUCUGACUUCCAGGGCCUGCUGCUGCCACAGGUCAGGCCAGGAGGCUCACACCCAGAGGCCUGCCCCUCCUCUUGCUCUGGCAGGACCAUGGGGCCCGGGAGCCACCACCUCAGCCUUGGCUUCUCUAUCUCCAGCCUGGGCCUCCUGCUGCUGCUCCCACUCCUUCCAGAGUGCUUGGGAGCCGAGGGCAGGCUGGCGCACAAGCUGUUCCGAGACCUCUUUGCCAACUACACAAGUGCCCUGAGACCUGUGGCAGACACAGACCAGGCUCUGAACGUGACCCUGGAAGUGACACUGUCCCAGAUCAUCGACAUGGAUGAGCGGGACCAGGUGCUGACCCUGUACCUGUGGAUACGACAGGAGUGGACGGAUGCCUACCUACGGUGGGACCCUGACGCCUACGGGGGCCUGGAUGCCAUCCGCAUCCCCAGCAGCCUCGUGUGGCGGCCGGACAUCGUCCUCUAUAACAAGGUGGACGCGCAGGCGGCGGCCUCGGCCAGCACCAACGUGGUCCUGCGGCACGACGGCGCCGUACGCUGGGACGCGCCGGCCAUCACGCGCAGCUCGUGCCGCGUGGACGUGUCGGCCUUCCCGUUCGACGCGCAGCGCUGCGGCCUGACGUUCGGCUCGUGGACGCACGGCGGGCACCAGCUGGACGUGCGCCCGCGCGGCGCCGCCGCCAGCCUGGCCGACUUCGUGGAGAACGUGGAGUGGCGCGUGCUGGGCAUGCCGGCCCGGCGGCGGGUGCUCACCUACGGCUGCUGCUCCGAGCCCUACCCGGACGUGACCUUCACGCUGCUGCUGCGCCGCCGCGCCGCCGCCUACGUGUGCAACCUGCUGCUGCCCUGCGUGCUCAUCUCGCUGCUCGCCCCGCUCGCCUUCCACCUGCCCGCCGACUCGGGCGAGAAGGUGUCGCUGGGCGUCACCGUGCUCCUGGCGCUCACCGUCUUCCAGCUGCUCCUGGCGGAGAGCAUGCCGCCAGCCGAGAGCGUGCCGCUCAUAGGCAAGUACUAUAUGGCCACCAUGACGCUGGUCACCUUCUCCACUGCGCUCACCAUCCUUAUCAUGAACCUGCACUACUGUGGUCCUAGCGCCCGCCCGGUGCCAGCCUGGGCACGGGCCCUCCUCCUGGGACGCCUGGCACGGGGUCUGUGUGUGCGGGAACGAGGGGAGCCCUGCGGGCAAUCCAGGCCACCAGAGUUAUCCCCCAGUCCCCAGCCUCCUGACCCAGGAGCUGGCCCCUUGGCAGGCCCUUGCCCAGAGCCUCGGUGCCUUUGCCGUCAGGAAGCCCUGCUGCGCCACGUAGCCACCAUUGCCAGCGCCGUCCACAGCCACCGUGCUGCUCAGCGCCGCCAUGAGGACUGGAAGCGUUUGGCCCGUGUGAUGGACCGUUUCUUCCUGGGCAUCUUCUUCUCCAUGGCCCUGGUCAUGAGCCUUCUGGUGCUGGUGCAGGCCCUGUGAGUCCCAGAGGAUUGCUGCAGCCACAGCACCUCCAGAUGGGGUGAAACGGCCUGGUGGUGAUUGGCCUUCAGGCACACCGCACCCCCCCCCCCCCCCGGCCCAGCCCAGGGCCUGGGGCAUCCUCUCUCCAGCGCUACUGACUUCACAAACAGAGGGAGUACUCUUGUCCCUGCCCUCACCUCGCAGGGAAAU